CGAUAAGCCGCACGGAUUCGGUUCGAUUAUGUAUGCAGCCAACGAUCAAAAGCAGCGCGUGAAGUUUGCAGGCGAGUUCGAGGAUGGGAUCCGCAAGGGCAGCGGCUGCCUCGUCUGGCAGGACGGAGCUCAGUAUGCUGGCGACUGGUUCGGGGAUAAGCCGGGAGGGUUUGGGAUCGAGAAAUAUCCGGACGGUUCAACGUACGUCGGGCAGUACGAGAACGACAUGCGGCAUGGGUUCGGGACGUACGUGUUCCCAUCGGGGGCCAAGUAUGAGGGGUGCUGGUACCUUGGGAAGAGGCAUGGAAAGGCGCUGGAGCAGUCGAAGAAAGGGAUUUUCAUCGUGGAGUUCGAGGGAAACAAGAGGAUACGGCAGCAGCAGUACGUGCAAGGUGGAGACGAGGACUUCGAGAGACUCAUCGCUAAAGUUCGAGCAGCCGUUGAGCGAGGGAAGAGCUGCGGCGAGGCUGCUGAACGUGCUUUCGAACGAGAGUUUCAGCUGGGGUCGAGGUGAAAGGAGGCUAAUCCUCUGUAUAAUAUUUGGUCUUGUAAAUGCAUAGGGGAUGAAAGGAGCAGGAGCAGGAGCAGGAGAAAGGGGAUUCUAUUUCAUCCCAGAGUUAAAUGAAGCUAGGACUCAUCUGCUCUCCCCUCCUCUUCCUCCUCAGUUCUCUUUGCCUCCCCUG